CAAUGUUUGUUUCAUCGGGCAAGCCCAAUUCGAAUUCUUCAAGUUUGAUAUUUUGCUAACAUGUCGGCAAACGCCGAUAAAGAGAAAAAUUCAACCAAAAUGGCCGAAGAUCGUGAGGAAAAGAAAGCCACCAGCCCCACUGACAAGGAGGAUCCCAAGGUAGAGGCCACUGCUGCCGCUGAUAAGAAGAAGGUCGACGAAGUUGAAGAUGGUAACGGUGAAGCCAGCGGCAAGGAAGCCGCAUCAUCUGCUGACGACGAAAAAGCAGAAGACAAGCCCAAAUCCAAGAAUGCAGUAGCAGAAGAUAAGAGCGCUGCCGAAGAGGAAGAUGGCGAAGCGGAGGAUGAAGAAGCGGAAGCUGAUGAGGAAGACGAGCCAGAAGAGGAGGAGGAGGAGGACGAUGAAGCAGAUUCUCCUGCCAAAUCGAAACCAGCAAAGGUAGCCAGUAAGGAAGCGGCUGUUAGCAAAGAAAAGCCCAAACCAGAACCGAAAGUUGCCGCCAAGAACGGCGAGAAAAAACCCUCUCCAACCGGUAAACCAUUGGGGGCCAUCGCUUUGAUCGAUGCCAACAUCGCCAAGACCAAGAUGGAAGCUCUGCAAACGCUACAUGUGUUCAUCUUCGAGAAGGAAGGUAAAGCUCCGUUUAUGAAGAAAAAUUUGAAAAAAUUCGAUGGUUUCGAGUUUGAUGCUGAUUCAGAUCAGUACAAGAAACGUUUGCAGGCGGCUGAGAAGAUAGAUGCAAAGAAACUUGCUCAAACUGCCGAGAUUCUUGAAUUGGACACUAAGGGAUCCAAGGAGGAGCUCGCUGAACGCAUUUUCAAGUUUCUACUUAAACCGGACGGCGAUGAAGAGCUGCCUGAGGAAGAGGCUGACGAAGAGGAAGCUGAUGACGCAGCCGAGGAAGAGGAGGAAGCCAGUGAAGAGGAAAAGAAGAAACCUGCAAAACGCCCCGCACCUCCCUCUGGUAGGGGUCGUGAGACUUCCAAGGGUGGUUCGGGUGGUAGACCAAAGCGGGCUACCGCUGGACGAGGUUAUCAAGAUAAUUCCUUAUAUGUAGAUUACACCAGUUCCGAGGAAGAAGAGCGGGUGGUUAAACCGAGGGGACGUCGCCGUAACGAUUCCGACAGUGGAUCUGACUAUAAUCCCUCGGCUGGCUCAGAUUCCGAUGCCGGCAAACGAAGGUCCGCACGUGCGCCGGUACGCGGAAGUCGUGUAUCAGCUCGAAGCCGGCGUAAGCAGUCAAGCGAAGAGGAAGAGUCCGACCCAAGUCCAAGCGAUGAUGAAUUCAGCGAUGACGAACCGAAGAAGAAACAGGCAAAACCAGCCGCCCGAGGACGGGGACGUCCGGCUGGUCGAGUGGCAGCUGCUAAGGCUCCGGUUCGCAAACGGAAGGCCGAAACUGAAAGUGAAGACGAAGAGAAUUCUGUGGCAGAGAGCGAGGAUAGCGAGAAACCACAACAGAAAAAGCCCCCGGCCAAGAGCAGUAAGGCUGUAGACAACAGUAAAGCGAAAAAUGCUACCCCGGCCAAAGGCCGAGGAAGACCGAAGCGAGAAAUGCCAGCCAAGAAAUCGAAACGGGACCAAAGCUCCGACGAAGAAGAGGACGAAGAGGAACCCGAGCAGGACGAGAAUGAAUCCGAGGAGGAUGAGAAGCCUCUAAAGAAGACCGAGAAGGAGGAAAAAAAGAGCAAGGAAUCAAAGGAAAAGGAUUCGGCUGCACCUCCCAGUGAGGACGAUAUCAAAGAAUUCCUCAAAGAAAUCCUCGAGGAAGCCAACCUGGAGGAGAUCACCAUGAAAACGGUGUGUAAAAAAGUGUACGCCAAGUAUCCGGACCAUGAUCUGUCGCAUAAGAAAGAUUUCAUUAAGGCAACAGUCAAAUCUCUAAUAUCGACGUAAGGAAUCCAAUGUGUGAGGAUUUAAGUUUUUCGCAAAUUUAUGCACGUUUUAUCACCUUCAAGAAAUAACUAACAUUUUACAGUGGAUAUGAUUAGAACAUACUGUAACGUGAUUCUAGCACGUAUUUAAAGUGUCGUUCGACGACAGUCAGUGACAGGGCAAACAGUUGACCUACACGCAAUUGGGAGCUGCGAGGGAGUGCAGUAGUCAAAUCAAAUUAAGCAGAGUAUAAACAAGUUUGAUCAGUACCCCCCCCCCCCCCUUGAGCAGAUGCAAAACCAUUGAACAAGGAACAACCUUCAGUUAAACUUAGAUUCUAAGCAACAAGAGCAGUUUAUCAGAAAGGUAAGGCUAGGUAUCAUUCAUGCUAAUUUACACACAUUUGAUACAUCUAAACGAAACUUACACAAUUUACAACACAAAAACGUGAGAGACGGUUUUCUGUCCAGAAGUACAAAAUUCCGAAUCACGUCAAAGAAUUUUAUACCUCUGGGACAUGUUGCGAUUUUUUUUCUUUUUGAACAAUGUUUUUGUUUUUUUUUUAUUAGUUGUAGACUAUUGUUACGUGCAUAACAAAAUUCAAUUCUCUUUUCCUCGCUAUCGAACGAAAGCGUAGUCUACGAAAGUUUAUUGAUAUUUUUAGUCUUUCAAUGCUACCGAAGUUUAGACUACCCUUUUGCAGGAUGAACGUUUAUUUCGCACCAUGUAAGUGUAAAAUCCAACGACAAAACAAAAGUCGGAGAGUAUUGAUUCGGAAAAUUGUAAAUGCUAAGCAAAACAAAUUAUAUAGGACAAUUUCUCGGACCCAAAAUUCACCCAGUUUCGGCCUCAAAAAAAAACAGGAUUGCAGUAUAACCGAAAUCGUAAGCUUAUAGAAUUUUGAAUUAUAGCCAGAGUCGAAUCAACAACACAAAAUUAUGAUGAGAUUUAAAAUAACGACAGAGAAAAGAACGAUAACAAAAACAAAACCUAUGUCGUGUUGGGAUGACAGAUAACAGUUCUUUUUAUAACGAGAGUAAUGUAAUGAAAGUAAAUGCUAUAAAUUGCAGUGUUUAAUAUAAUGAUGCAUACAGACAGGAAGGUAGGAGAAACAUUCAGAAAUAUUCAGAUAAAAAUAAACUAUGAUUACUAGGUGGAAUAA